AUGACAAUAGACGAUAAGCAAACAGUGAUUUUACUCAAAAAUCCUAGUACACCAACGGAUCCAUAUGAGGCUUUAUUACAAGCCAAGAAUUACUCUCCAAAAUUUAUUCGAUUGCUCACACAUGAGCACAAGGACAAGCUGCUAACAAAGCAAUACCUCACCAACCAUGCGUUUCUCAAAGACACACAGUACUUUAUCAUCACAUCGCAGCGAGCGGUGGAGAUGUUUCAAGAAUGUAUCGAAGAGAUUAGACAAGAUGCAAUUUUGGGCAACCAUGAAGAAAAUGUUGUGGAGACGAUUUUGAGCAAGACUGGAUAUACCGUGGGGCCAGCAACGUACUCCAUCUUAAAGAAAGUUGGGUUUAAAGAUGUGCGUGGAGGUAUUGAUGCUGGAAACGGUGCCAAACUAUCCGAUUUGAUCAUUAAUGAUAUCAAGGAUGUGAAUACAAAAAUUGUCUUUUUCACUGGUGAAAUUAGAAAAGAUAUCAUUCCAAAGAAAUUAACUACACCAGUACCGUGCGAGUUUUUAGGGUUUAGCCAGUUUGAAGAGUUUGUAAUGUACAAGACGAUGGAGCGCGACGAUAUAAUUGACAAGUUUCAGGAGCUUCAUGCAGAGAUGAAUGGCCAAGGAUGGGUUAUAUUCUAUAGUCCACAAGGAACUCGCGAUAUAGUGAAGCAUUUGAAACAGAAUAUCCGAGAAGGUAAAAAGUAUUGGAAGUUGGGUGUUAUAGGACCAACUACAGAAGAGUACUUGAUAGCAAAUGACUUGAAACCAGAUGUGGUUGCACAACGACCGGAUGCCGAGAGUUUGUGCUCAGCCAUGAUCGAGUUUGACACAAGUAAUAGUCAGUAA